AUGUAAUAAACCAAUGAGCUUAGAACAUAAAGCAAUACAAUUAAAUAAUUAGAAGAAGUGAUUUAGAAAAUAAAUACUAAUCAUAUCAAUCUAAUGGAAUCAAAAGAGAUCAUAAACUAAUUUUAUGAUAAGCAGAAUAAUGAUGAUAAGGAGAUUGUAAUCAAACACUUAGAUGAGAAAUUCCCACAGUAUUUGGCCUUAAUUUAAGAAAAUAAUCCGAACCAUCAGAUUUAAUUUUAAAAAUUAGACUAAUAUAUAUAAACAACGAAUUAAGAAGAUGUCGAUAAGUUUAAAGAAAAAUUUGAUGAAUUUUGGAGUGAAAAUGAAAUUAAUCUGAAAGAAAAAUAAGAAGUAUAAUUUAAUAAGAAUUGUAAUAUAGAAUUACUAAAAAUUUAAAAUAAAACCAAAAAAUAUAUUCAUAAAUCAGGAAAUUAGGAGUCUAAAGAGUAGUUUUUAAAUAAUCUGGUUAAAAAGGAGCCUUCUAAAGAAGAUGAUUUUGAUUAAUACUUUGAAAUAACAUCUAAGAAUUUGGUUUAAGAGAAUGUGUUUGACUUAGUAUUUACUGAUAAAACAGCUAAAUAGGAAAUAAAUCAAAAACCAUUGUAAGACACAUAAAAAAAAAUAUACUCUGAAUAAUUUAAAGAUAUCAAUCUUCAAAUAAAGAAUUUCACCAAUAAUAUUUCGAUUUCCUAAUAUAGCAAAAUUACUAAUUUAGAUGUGGAAUUAGAAUACAUCUCAAAAACAGAUUUAGAUAAAUUCCUUAACACUAAAGAAAAUAAGGAUUUAUUAAAAUUUUGUGAGAACAAAGACAAAACACAAGCAAUUUUAUAAUUUUAGCAGUUUUUUAAAAUUUUUGGCUAUAGCUUUGAUACUCAAAAAUUGGAUGAGGUUGAAAAUUUAGUUCUUGUAAAAAAAGAAAAAACUUUAUUGGACUAUUUAGCUUAUCAGGAUAAUUCCUACUAUGAAAACCAUUUAAAUGUUUCUCACGAAUUCAAUUUUUUAGUUGGAUUAAACUUGAGUCCCCAAAAACAAGUUAUUAAACUAUAUGAAUAUAAAAAGUAUAUUAAGGAAUUCAAGGAGAAUCAAAUUUUUAUCAUUCAGAAAAAAUUAUUUUCAAUGAAAAAGUUAGCAAUAGUAAAUUCAAGAACUAUUGUAAUAAUGAUUUAGAUUAUGGAUUUUUCUAUGAGAUAGUGA